CAGUCUGCUGGUUCAAAGAAUAGAAACCAGACCCUUCCCUCUCUGCAGCCCCUCCCUUUAGGGACCAGAGAGGCAGUAUUCCGAUCCAGGACGUGAAGAGCAGAGAGCAAAGACUGUGCAGCAGCAUCUGGAAGGAAAUCCAGGCAGAUCAGCCUUCACUUACCAGCUGUUCUGAUCUCCUCAAACACCAGAACCGGCACUCUGCAUCCCAUCUGGCUCCUGAACAUCCCAGCUUAGAGGAUUCCAUAGAGAACAACCCCAGUGACCUUGCUCCUGGAGAAGACCUGACCUCUCAGGAGGUCCACUCACAUCAUCACUCAGGAGCAGUAUUAUCAACUACUCCCAGUCAUGGGUCAGACCUCCUCUUCUACAUCACCCCAGAAGGAGGACCCUGUUUUGACCUCCAGCCUUGACUCCAAUCUUCAAAAUUUCAAGAUGGAAACCAAAGUCCUGUCUCAGGAAUUAAUCACCUUGAUUGGAUCAUACCUAGAGGAUGGAAACCUUCGGGGAACAGUUUCUGCCAUCAGAGAUGCUCUGAGUGACAUUGAGAAAGCCCCACUGAACAUUGCAGUGAUGGGGGAGCCUGGGGCUGGAAAAUCCAGUCUCAUCAAUGCUCUGCGGGGAGUGGGGCCUGAUGAAGAGGGUGCGGCUGCUUCCACUGGAGUCAUAUGUACAACCACAGAGAGGACUUCAUACCCAUACUCCAAGUGUCCCAGUGUGACACUAUGGGACCUGCCUGGCAUCGGGUCCACUGCCUUCCAACCACAUGAUUAUCUGAAGAAAGUCAAGUUUGAGGAGUAUGACUUCUUCAUUAUUGUCUCUUCUGGACGCUUUAAACAUAAUGAUGCAGAACUAGCCAAAGCCAUUGUGCAAGCGAAUAGGACUUUCUAUUUUGUCCGCACCCACACAGAUCAUGAUCUAAUGCUUCAAAAACAGUGUAGUCCUCGGAGAUUCAAUAGAGAGAACGUCUUAAAACAGAUUCGAAAUUCCAUUUCCAGUAUACUUAAGGAAGUUACCCAGCAGGAGCCUCCAGUCUUCUUAGUCUCUAACUUUGAUGUGUCUGACUUUGACUUCCCAAAGCUGGAGACCACCCUUCUGAGGGAGCUCCCAGCCCAGAAACGCCACCUCUUCAAGCUCACUUUGCCAACUGUGACUCAUUCCACCAUAGACCAGAAGAGGGAUGCACUGAAACAGAAGGUCUGGAAGGAAUCUGUAAUGCCAAGAGCAUGGGCCACCAUCCCAUUUAUGGGCUUGACCAAAAAUGACAUAGAGACGUUGGAAGAGACUUUGAACCUCUGCAGAUCUUCCUUUGGCCUGGAUGAGGCAUCCCUGGAGAACAUUGCUGAGGAUUUGCACGUGCCACUGGAAGAACUCAAGGCGAACAUUAAGUCUCCACAUUUGUUCUCAGAAGAGCAGGGUAAAUCCUUAACAGAUAAACUAUUAGAGUACAUUAGCUGUCCUUAUUUUUCAAAGGCUUUCCACUUGCAAAAUUACUUCAUUGACACUGUGGCAAAUGAUGUUAAAAGUCUCCUUAGCAAAGAAGAGCUUUUUAUGGAGAAGCCUCUUCUAGGGCAAACAGCUACAGGCACACCUUCCAGACCCUCUGCUCCAAUGGCUCAGCUUUUGGCAUCCAGCUUUGAAAACUUCUUUAAGAGUUUCAAAAAGGAAAGCAAAAUCCUCUCCGAGGAAACCAUCACCUUGAUUGAAUCCCACCUGGAGAAUAAGAACCUUCCAGGAGCAGCUUCUGUGAUCAGCGAUGCUCUGAGGAACAUCGACAGAGCCCCCCUGAACAUUGCGGUGACUGGAGAAACAGGGGUGGGCAAAUCCAGCUUUAUCAAUGCCCUGAGGGGAGUGAGGGAUGAAGAAGAAGGUGCAGCCCCCACUGGGGUGGUAGAGACAACCAUGAAGAGAACUCCAUACCCACACCCAAAGCUUCCCACAGUGACAAUAUGGGACCUGCCUGGCAUUGGGUCCACUACCUUCCCACCACAAAACUACCUAACUGAAAUGAAGUUUGGUGAGUAUGACUUCUUUGUUAUCAUCUCGGCUACACGUUUCAAAGACAGUGAUGCACAUCUGGCCAAAGCCAUCGCCAAGAUGAAUACCAAGUUCUACUUUGUCCGCACCAAGUUAGAUCAUGAUUUGAGUAAUGAACAGAGGAGAAAACCUAAGACUUUCAAUAGGGACAGUGUCUUAAAGGAAAUCCGAGAUGACUGUUCAAAGCAUCUGCAGGAGACCCUCUCCAGUGAGCCUCCAGUCUUCUUGGUCUCUAACUUUGAUGUGUCCGACUUUGAUUUCCCAGAGCUAGAGACCACCUUACUGAGAGAGCUCCCAGCCCACAAGCGCCAUAUUUUCAUGCUGUCCCUGCACAGUGUUACUGAGACUGCCAUUGACCGGAAGAGGGAUUUCCUGAAACAGAAGAUCUGGCUGGAGGCCUUGAAGGCUGGAGCAUGGGCCACCAUUCCAUUUGGGGGCUUGAUCAGAGAUAAAAUACAGAAGGUAGAGGAGACCUUGGAUCUCUACAGGUCUUACUUUGGGCUGGAUGAUGCCUCACUGGAGAAGAUUGCCAAGGAUUUCAAUGUGUCUGUGAAUGAAAUCAAGGCACACCUCAAGUCUCUCCAUUUGCUAACAAGGACCAAAGACAUGUCCUUAGAAGAAAAAUUACUGAAAUACAUUGAAUAUAUUUCCUCUGUUACUGGGGGGCCACUUGCCGCAGGCCUUUACUUUAGAAAGACUUACUAUUUGAAAAGUCUCUUCAUUGAUACCGUGUCAAGUGAUGCCAAGACUCUUCUCAAUAAGGAGGAGUUUUUAUCACAGAAGCUGGGGUCCUGUGUGUCUGAUGACCCAGAAUACUGGGAAGCAGCUAUGGAGCUAUGAGGCAUUUACCUUCCGGCUGGCCUUGGGCCCUGACUUAGAGCUUACUAUGAAGUAGCCAUCAUUUGCAGUGAAAGACCAGAGGAUUCACCAUCCCUUUCCUCUUUCAGAGACAGACUGUCACUGUAGCAAGUGGAAGAAGAGUCGUCAACAGUGUAAAAACUCAUGAGAAAGGCUGUCUCCCAUUAAAAUAUCACAUAUGAGAAUACAUGGUUGUACACAGAUGACUUAAAAUACCUUUGUCCAAGUAAACUUGGAUCUUUUGUCUCACAGAGAUUCUCCAUGCAUUGCCACAUUCUCCUAAGAUGAAGAAGUUAGUUUCCUGUUUCAUGGAUAUCUUUUGGUGUUUAUGUAGCACAGGAGGCUGGUUUCCAGCACACAUCUCCACAUGAAGUGGCAUCUCCUGGACAUGAUAGACACAUGGUAGAUAAGAUUGUGACCAUUGUUCAUUCUCCCUCCAGGAUGGCCACAAGAGCCACAUGGUAGAUGGGACUGUGACCAUUGCCCAUGAUCCCUCCAGGUAACGCAUGGAUGGGUGAACACAUUUGCAGGUCCUCUCAAUCCUUGAAAACAAGAAUAUUUUAUUCCAUAUCCUUCAUCAGUCAUUGUGAACCAUGCGUUCAGACUUCAGCUUGUAGGCAGUACAAGCACUCAUUAAAUUGUCUUUCCUUGUGGUAAGAUCACUCAAAACACUACCUUACUGUUUCAUGUCCAGUGGGGGUGUUGGUACUUGCCUCACUUGAGAGAGGUCAGCAUGUGGAGUUCUAGACAGUUUAUUUGUCCACAGCAUCCUAUUGAGAACUGGUGUCGCUUUUGCACAUCUAAUAUCACACUUUGCUAAAAUUCUAGUGUUGCUCUCUGUAUGAAGAGCUGCCCUUCUAGAAGGUUGGUAAAGAGCCAUGCAUGGAUUCCAUGUGCAGAAAGCAAGCAUGCACAUUUUAGCUCUGCAUGGCGGUUCUUCAGAGAACAGAGAGCAAUAUAUCCUAUCCAUGUCUCCUUAUAAUAUAUCUGGAUAAUCUCUAUAGUAUUUGUAUUAAUCCUUUUAUGUCUCAGUGUCCUAAACACCUGACAGAAACUACUUAAGAGAAGAAAGAUUUAAUCUGCCUCACCUUUUGGAGCCCUGUUCUCUGUCCUAUGGAAGGGCAUGGUGAGAGAAAGAACUCACUGUAGAAGAAGGCUGGUGGCAGAAAGAGCUAGGUGACAACAGGGGGCAGGAGUAACAAGUCCUGGCCCUCGUGACCUACUUCCACCAACUAGGCCCUACCUCCUAAAGGCUCAGCAACACUCAAAACUGUUAUGCCAUACUGGUGACCAGGUGUUUAACACAAGAGCGUGUAGUGGUCUUCAAAUCACAGCACUAUCAUAUCCGUAAUUUAUCAUGUCUCUCUCCUCAACUUCCUCUCCUCCUUUCUCUUCCUCUUUCCCUCAUC